CCAUAACACCUGGAUAGAGUGAGAAAAACAUAAACAACGCUUCGACCGUCUCACCUUGUCGCCCUCUUACAACCUAGCUCCGUCCAGCUUAUCAACACCAAUCUGCCCCUCCCACCAUCACCAUCGCCAUCAAGUAUCUACCAAACCAAAGCAUAAUCUGCCCUGCAUCUGUUGCGAUUCCUCUUCGAGAGACUCCCUCGCAUUGAAAAAUUAAAGUCGUCAUCUUUGCGCGAUUCGUCUGAUACCCAUUUCAAUCAACUUUGCCCCCGUUUGAACGACGAAACAAUGUCGGGCGCAAACGUGUGGUUGACGAGGCAGCGCAAGAGCGACCUCGUCGAGCUCGCCGAGCUGACUGGACUCACUGGAUACGAGAACCAGAAGAAGUCCGACCUAGAGGUCACUCUCGAUGAGUACCUCGCUGAGAACGCGACGCAGUUCUCCCACAACCCCAAGCUCGCGCCCUACUACAACAGCCGCGCCAAGGCAGCCGGCUCACCCAUCAAGAGAGAAGCGCCUUUGACCGAUCUCAUUAAGUCGACAACGCGCCGCAGGGCGGCGAGAGUUAUCGAGGAGUUGCAGCCCGAGCCCGAGCCUGAAGCCGAAUCAUCGUCACCGAGCCCGGAGCCUGCUGAGCCUGCACUCUCCACCGCCCUGGCGACGCGUACCCCCGCGCGCAACCUGUCUCUUGCGAGCCGCAUCCCCCUGCCCGCGACACCCGCUGAUGUCGCCGAGGCCGUCGACCGCCAUACCGUCGCGGUCCGCGAGCGCGUCACGGAGCUCUACGACCAGUCGGGAAUCCAGGAGGGCACCCAUGCCGUGCGCUCGUCUUUGUCGACGGUCACCUCGGUGCUCUUCACCGUUGCCGCGUUCGAGGCAUGGAACCUGAGGGCCGAGGUCCUGCCUCUUCGCUACGCCUUCACUAUCCCUGCAAUUCCUGCCCUGGGCACCAACUUCUACCCCGUGUACGUGCCUGACGCGUUCCUGUUUGUGACUUCGUCCUUCUGGUCGCCCGUCGCACUGUGGACGCUCACCUCGGUUCUUAUUCCCUCCUUCUUCGGUUACUUCUAUAACCUGAGCGCCGCGAGCCAUCCCCAGCCUCGAGGCCGCAAGUCCUCGACGGUUGAGUACAAUGUCGACCCCCUGGUGUUCAGCAUCGUCAAGGCCCUGGUCUCCUUCGUCAUCUACGGCCAGAAGGCUACUUUUGGCGGAUUGAUCAACGAGAACUCCAUAGACCGCAUCAACGGCGCUCUGUAUGGCGAGUGGAAGGGCAUCCUGACAGGUGCCGCCAUCACCGGCCUGGUGAGCCUGUACGACGCUAUCUUGAAGAAGUAGGAGCACUCUUCAGAUUUUACAAUUGUCACUCGGGGACUGGAAAAUCCUCCCCAGGGCCGACCGGUGCAGAUUCCACGGGAACCUGGACGGCGGAAGCCAUUUCCCCGCUAGGAUGUCCCGAACGCGCAGGGUCGUUGGCACGUGUUUUUUCUUU